AUGGACGUUGAAGGAAUUUAUCGCAAGUCAGGAGGCGCAAAGCAAAUGCGAGAGAUUCAGCAGCUUUUCGAUCAAGGGCAAGUGCCCGACUUGACUAACGAGCACCUUUGGAACGAUAUCAAUGCUGUUACUAGUGUUUUGAAGCAGUAUUUUCGAGAACUACCAGAUCCACUUUUUACAUAUCAGUUUCAUAACGAGUUUAUCAGGUCCACUAACAUUAACGAUCCCACUGAACGCCUGCAGUAUAUCCGCUCGCUAAUUAAUGAGUCGCUUCCUCUCGAAAACCGCGAUACGAUACGGUACCUGAUGUGUCAUCUUCAUAGAGUACAAGAGAGGUGUGAUGUAAAUUACAUGAAUACGCGGAAUCUGGCUGUUGUAUUUGGUCCUACUCUACUACGAAAUCCAGAUGAAGCGAGCGAUCUGCUUGAGAUGAACCGCAAAAUCGAAACGAUCGAUUACCUUUUAAACCACUGCAACAAAAUCUUUGAUUGUUCCGAUGAUAAAAAAGAAGAGGGGGCCAAAGAUUAA